AUGUCGAUGUCGAUGUCUUCUGUUACAAGUUCUUGGAAAGCCUACGGAAAGAUAGAUGAAGCUGAACAACAGAGGCUGGAAGCACGCCGGAAAUCCAGAAAGAGAAUCGUCAUCAUAAGCUUGUCGUCAAUCUUCCUUGUGGCCGUCAUCGUUGGGGCUGUGGUCGGAACUGUUUCUCAUCAUCAUGAUGGCUCCGCAGGUACCGGUGGUGAAGCUGCUUCAUCAAUUUCGAAUUCCAUCAAGGCCGCAUGUAAAGUGACCUUAUACCCAGACUCUUGUUACACCAGUCUCUAUGCAAUGGUGAAUUCAAGUAACUUCGACACCCCAAAUCUUGCCAAGUUAUCCGUUCAAGUCGCCAUGACCGAACUAUCUAAAGUCUCGGGUAAAGUGUCACAGCUCCAAUCCCAAGGCAAACUUGACAAGAUUUCCGCAGCGGCUCUGCAGAACUGUAUCGAACUUACGGAUCUCGCCAUCUAUCACCUCAAUGACACACUGUACAGCUCCAACUGGGGUCAGCUUACGACGCUUGAAGCAGUGGAUGAUCUGAGAACAUGGCUGAGCGCAGCUGGGACCAACCAGCAGACUUGCCUUGACGGCUUGGAGAAUUCAUCGCAGGAGUUGCAGGCCACUAUGGCCCGAUAUACCCUAAACUCCACGGAAUUCACCAGCAACAGCCUCGCCCUUGUCACCGCUAUAUCCGAUAUCGCCAGCUCCAUCAAUCUGCGACGACGUCGUUUGAUGAGUAGUAGUGGUACUACUAGUACUAGUCACAACGUCGAUGACAGUGAUGGAGAGCACCCAAUGCCGAGGUGGCUCACUUCCAAGGACCGAAAGCUACUCCAAAGUAAUAGCGCGGCGGCAGAUGCGAUGGUGGUGAUUGUGGCUAAAGAUGGCUCCGGCAACUACACCACAAUUGGAGCAGCACUUAACGCGUUGCCGGAGAAGAGCAGCAAGAGGAUUAUCAUCCAUGUGAAGAAGGGGGUCUACACCGAGAAAGUUAUUGUCGACAAGUCUAAAUGGAAUGUAAUGAUGGUGGGUGACGGCAUGAACGUUUCCAUCGUUUCCGGUAGUCUCAAUGUUGUCGACGGCACUCCUACGUUCUCAAGUGCUACAGUUGCUGUGUUCGGGAAAGGAUUCAUAGCAAGAGAUAUAGGAUUCCGCAACACAGCAGGUGCAAUAAAGCAACAAGCAGUAGCCCUUUUGUCAGCAGCGGACGAAUCUGUGUUCUACAGAUGCAGCAUCGACGCAUUCCAAGACACUCUCUAUACCCAUUCCCUACGACAAUUCUAUUGUGAAUGCGAUAUUUAUGGAACUGUAGACUUCAUCUUUGGAAAUGCAGCAGUGGUGUUCCAAAACUGCAAUAUAUGGGCGAGGGUACCAUUAUCUGGCCAACAGAAUACCAUUACAGCCCAAGGAAAGAUUGAUCCCAAUCAAAACACAGGAAUCUCUAUACACAACUGCACCAUAUCAGCCUUUGGAAACUUGGCAUCCGUCAACAGUUAUCUUGGAAGGCCUUGGAAGAAUUAUUCUACCACCGUGUACAUGCGUUCAACAAUGGGAAGCUUCAUUAAUCCUGCUGGGUGGCUAUCAUGGAUGGGGAAUACACCUCCCACCACAAUCUUCUACGCUGAGUUUAGGAACUUGGGCCUGGGAUCUUCAACCAAGAAUAGGGUUAAAUGGAAGGGAUUGAGGAAACUCACCCUUCGUCAAGCAAGACAAUUUACUGUUGGCUCAUUUAUACAAGGGAACAAUUGGCUCCCGCAGGCCGGUGUGACGUACCGAUCUGGCAUGUGA